AAGGAGGCGAUCUUCUUACUGGGGAGUGAACAAAUGGCUCCACAGGGAUCGGAAAAUGUGCUUCGCUUAAAUACCCAAGCAGGUCUCACAAGCUGCUGUUUUCAAUAAUCUGAAUGGUUGCAACUUCGUACACGACUAAUAAUUAUAGUGCUCUACCGUGCGAGCAUGUCGGCAUUUGCAACCCAACCCUUGUCUGGACCCCACAAGAGCCGGAAUUUGAAAUCUGGGGUGCAUAGGACACAGAUCACUUCUUAAACAACCAUCAGCAUCACCAAACAUGGAGGCUUUUUUGAAAAUCAGCAUCACAUUAUUUUGUGAACUUUGAGUCGGCCAAUCACCAUGGGGCCAGCUCUUGCUUUUAUCGCACUCGCGGUUCUUUUCCAGCAUAUCGCACAUGGCCAAAACACCACGAAUCCAAACUGUACCACCGUUAAAGAGCAAACUUAUGAUUACAUUGUAAUCGGCUCUGGUGCUGGUGGGAUUCCUGUUGCCGACCGCUUGAGUGAAGCCGGUCACUCGGUGUUGUUGAUCGAGAAGGGCCCACUGUCUAGUGGAAGGUGGAAUGGCACGAUGAAACCUGCCUGGCUAGAGGGCACUAAUCUAACGCGCUUCGACGUACCCGGCCUUUUCAAUCAGAUAUGGGCAGACCCUACCGGUGUGGCCUGCGAAGAUGUCGAUGUCAUGGCUGGCUGUGUGCUAGGUGGCGGUGUCGCGGUGAACUCCGCACUUUGGUGGAAGCCACAUCCAAGCGAUUGGGACGUCAACUUUCCCGUGGGAUGGAAGAACAGUGAUAUGCAGAAGCACGUUGAAACGGUGUGGCAACGUAUUCCAGGAACGUACAUCCCAUCCAAAGACGGGAAACUCUACCUGCAGCAAGGCUUCGAUACUGUAUCAAAAGGUUUAGAGGCCGCUGGCUUCAAAUAUGUAGUACCGAAUGAUCACCCAGAUCAAAAAAACCACACAUACGGCCACAGCACGUUCUUUGUCGAGAAUGCAGAGCGCCACGGUCCGCUCGCAACUUAUUUGGUCACCGCUAUGAAGCGGAAGAAUUUCGCCCUUUGGACGAAUACAGCUGCUAGAAGACUUAUCAGGACUGGUGGUCACAUCACGGGUGUAGAAUUGAAAUGCUCAAAAGAGGGCACUGUUGGUCCCGGCUACGGUGGCACCGUCAGGGUUACUCCUGGCACGGGCCGAGUGAUCUUGUCAGCGGGUACCUUCGGAUCUGCAAAGUUGCUUUUGCGAAGUGGUAUUGGCCCAUUGGACCAGCUUGAGGUUGUUAGAAACUCUACUGUCGAUGGAGCUACAAUGAUACAAUCGAAUCAAUGGAUCAAUCUGCCCGUUGGCUAUAAUUUGAACGAUCAUGUUGUCGCGCCUAACCUAGGCCCAAUGUUUUGGCAACAAAUCCAGGCCUCGAUGACAAUCACGCAAUACCUCGGUAUGGGCACACUGUCGCGCGGACGAAUGACCAUACUACCGAACAUGAACACUCGAGUUUCAAUCGCGCCGUACUUGCGCGAUAGCCAUGACAAAGAAGCCGUGGUACAAGGUAUCGACUAUAUCAGGGGCGUGUUGAGCCAAAUCCAGAAUUUGACCUGGGUCGUGCCUACCGUGAACCAGUCCACAACCGCAUUUGUUAAUUCCAUUCCAGCUACCACAGGCUUGCGAGGGUCAAACCAUUGGACUGGCUCGUGCACAAUUGGCUCUGACGAUGGAAGAAGUGGUGGCAGGGCUGUAGUCGAUCUCGACACCAAGGUUUAUGGUACUGAUAACCUGUUUGUUGUUGACGCAUCUAUAUUUCCAGGUAUGACUACUGGAAAUCCGUCCGGUGCUAUCAUUACAGUUGCAGAACGUGCAGCGGGACGGAUUCUUUCUCUCAAGCCGUUAGGCACCAGUGCUCUAGACUGA